AUGGCUACCACCUCCGACUCUCCAGAAACUAUCCGUCUACUUGCCCAUGCUUUGAAGAACAUUCGCGCAACCCCACCCCGUAUCAUUUCAUCCCCUGCUACACAACCCGCAAGAGCGAGCGUAGCGAUUAUCGUCCGCGUCCGCCCUCCUCCUUCCGCAUUCAUCGCUCCUCCCGCUCAGCCAGUCACCUUGCAAAACUUCUUCUCUCAGCCAUGGGUCAACCAUCCACAGUCACGCGCCGAAGUCCUCUUCUUGCCUCGCACCGACACGCUCGCCUUCCCUGGAGGGAAGCAGCAUACAGAAGAUGAGGGCUCCCUCUACACCGCUAUGCGAGAGUGCUGGGAGCAAGUUGGCAUCGACCUUGCCGAUUCGAAGGAGUACGAAUGUGUGGGCCAGAUGGACGAUCGGGAGGUGACGAGCAAGCUGGGAAAGCGCUUGUUGAUGGUGCUCACCCCUUUCGUCUUUCUGUGCCUAACACCGGAUGGUGGCCAGGUUGACUUCGGUGAAGAUGUUGAACCCGACUCGAGGGCGUUUUGGAUCCCUCUUUGCCUUCUUGCGACACUCACCCCGACCAUGGGCACCAUAUCCCUGGACGUCGCUUCCCGCAUGGCACCGCAGUCCCGCAUGAUCCGGCUUGCUCUACGAACAAUCCUGCUAGGAGGACAGAUGCACUUUGGCGCCAUUGUCGUCUCCUCGCAGCAAGUGACAAUCGUUCUUCCGUCUGCCGGAGAGAAGGGUAAAUGCCGUGAACUCGAGCCAACGCAGCAACACGGUUUGCACAUUGAAGAGCUACGAGUAUGGGGAAUGUCGCUUGGAAUGACACUCGACCUCGUUGCCCAGAUGCGUGCAGGCACGACCGACCUCUCCUUCCCACGGCCGCUGUCUAUGUCCCUCACCUCCAUCUUCCCCCGAUUCGAUAUGCCGGACGUCAACUUCUGGCUCUGGGCCUUCGGAAAGCGGUACCGCAAAGUCAUCCGCGGAUGGAAAGAGAGCUAUCGUACAAUGGGCGCGCACGAUCGGAGGAUCAAUUGGUCUGGUUCAGCUCUGGCGAACUUCUAUGCCAGCGUGCGCAAAGCGUUGAUUAUGACGAUUGUCUUCAGGGUGUUUUGGGUACUUGUGGCUUUCAUCGUCUGGAUCCGCUGGUAGGUGUCAUCCGGUAUUCCUCCUGCUGUUACCUGUUGUGCAAUUUCCUUUCCUUGCGGUGUCUGUUCUGGUUUCUGUUUUCAUGAACCCUCGUAAACGAUCAUGCGAUACUGUGUUUCUAUUGUGAUGGGUACUAUUUUCAUCACCCCCUGUCAAUCUCCCAAAAUGUAUAUAGACCCUGCAAUCCAUUCAACCCGUAGAUCCGCC